AUGAUCACUAUUGAUAGAUUCGAAAGACCAUCCAUCCUGAUACCAGACCCUGCAAAACAUCGUCAUGACUCAAUAGAACUAAAUGAUCAAACUCCAGCUGAAGAAGGCACCAGUACUGCAAUUGGAAUCACAAAACAACAAUCUCAUACUCAAAGGACCCAAGAGAUAUACGAUGGCGGUGAUGAUGACCCUCAAAUUGAAUUAGUUGAUGAAGAUAUAUCAUUCCCUGAUGGUGGUGCUGAAGCUUAUCUUGUUGUUUUUGGUGCCCUAUUAUCAUUGAUUAUAACGUUUGGUCUUAUGAACACAAUUGGAGCAAUCCAGGCAUACCUAACAACACAUCAAUUGGCAAAUGCGUCAGCAAGUAGUGUUGGUUGGAUCUUUUCAGUUUAUUUCUUCUUUGCUUUUGGCGGUGGGAUUUAUGCUGGACCUAUUUUUGAUUAUAAGGGAGCGAGAUUACCCAUGUUUAUUGGGUCAGUAUUGAUUAUUAUUGGAUUGUUCUUGACUGCAAAUUGUAGCAAAGUUUAUCAGUUUGUUUUGGCUUAUGGUGUUAUUGUUGGUGUCGGUUCAAGUUUUCUUAUGAGUGCUUCAUUGGGUGCAGUGGCACAUUGGUUUAACAAAAAAAGAGCUACUGCGUUGGGGAUAUGCUCAGUUGGAGGUAGUCUUGGAGGAAUUAUAUGGCCGUUAAUGUUGCGGAGCUUAUAUCCAAAGAUAGGAUACGCCUGGUCAAUGAGAAUUUUAGCAUUUUGCAGCAUUUUAUGCCUUGGAGCUGGUUGUCUCUUGGUAAAGCAUAGAUUGACAAGACCAACUAGCGAUGAAGCUAAAAGUCCAAAGCAAAUUUUGAAAGAUUCAUUCGUUUUAAAAGACUUGGUUCAUGAACCAAGAUUCUUAGCCCUAACUAUUUCUGUGUUUUUAUGUGAGUUUUCAUUGAUUUUGGUUGUUACUUAUAUGUCAUCUUAUACAAUAUACCAAGGGUAUUCAGAAUCAGAUGCUUUUUUGGUGCUGAUUGUAUGUAAUACAACUGGAGUUUUAGGCCGUUAUUUGCCAAACCAUAUGGGUGAUUACUGGGGAAGAAUAAACAUUAUGCUUGUGACAGUAUUUGUUUGUGCUAUUUUAAUAUUGGUCGUUUGGUUACCUUUUGGCCAUAGUUUGAGUUCCAUGUAUGCAUUUGCAGGAUUAUAUGGUUUUUUUUCCAGCUCAACAUUAUCACUAACCCCAGUUUGUUGUGGUCAAAUUAGUAGAACAGAAGAUUUUGGUAAAAGGUAUGGAACUGUUUACUUUUUAGUUUCAUUUGGUAAUUUAAUUGCCUUACCUAUUGGCGGUGCUAUUAUUGGCGAUGGAUCAGGGUAUAACAAUUUGAUCAUAACUGCAGGAGUAUUCGAAGCCGUUGCAGCUGGAUUUUGGUUGUUGACUAGGUAUUACUGCGUUGGUAUGAGACUAUGCAAGGUUUAA